AUGAAAUUACAAGUAGGAAAGCUAUCUGGAUCAUUUCAGACAAUAUGCGUAGAUAUCAAUGAUACACUUAACGAUGCAUUAAAGUCAAACAACAUACUACCUCAACAAAACAGCUAUUUCAUUCCUGUAUCUGCCGGAAAAGUCCUUUGUGGAAGUUGCACAAUACAGGGUCUUGGAUUAAAAGAUAAUCAAAAAAUUAUAUUAACAGAAAAAGCUCGCCCUGCUUCGCAAAAACAUUCGACCGUUUUGAUAACUCAGUACGAACGUGAUGAGAAGAUACAAAACGAUAUACUUAUUGAAAAAUGCAGAAUUGCUGAUAUAGAAUUUCAAGGAUGGGAGUGUGAUUCUCGUUUUAAUUUACUUAUGCAAGAUAUUUAUAAUGAAGAAAAAGAAGCCGAACAGCUCGAAAAAGAAGAAUCUGAAUUUACUCAAGUAACUGUUAUUUCAAAAUCCAAAAAGAUUUCUGAUCAGCCGUUACCUCAUGUUUUUUUGAUGUCUGAAUAUCUCUAA